CCAACUCGCGAUCGCAAAACCAAACACUACGUACCAUCGUGUGUAUUCACAAUUGUAUUUGCAUUCUCCAAUGAAACACCGUCUCUAUCACACUGGCUCAUCAUCGUCGAGAUACAACAUCAUAUACCCAGUUCAGUAAGAUACUAGAUUCCGACCAGUGAUGUUGGUUCGAUGCGAUAUAGAACCUAUGUGCUUUCUCUCUACACGUAAAACAUGUUGUGCGGAAGCGACCCGCCUUUGCAUAUUUAUGACAACAAACUUUUAAUGGUGCAACAAACAACGUUAUUCUUUGUCGUUGGGUAUAUCCUCACUAUUGCGCAAUGCCAAACUUUCAUCAGACGUACAACCAGCGUUUGUCGUGUCGAUUCGGAAUGUCCAACAAAUGCUUAUUGUGAGCACUAUAAUCCGCCAACGACCUUCGGCAUUUGCUCUUGUGUGCAGGGUUAUUUCAUACUCACUAACAAUUAUACUCGGGAGUGUACUAGAUUUGCAAAUGCAAUAGGUGAUUAUUGCCAACUCGACGAUCAGUGCCAGUAUCUGCUUAGCACGGACUCCGAAUGUCGUGAAAACUCGUGCCAAUGUCGUGAGGGAACUCAUUAUGUUGAGCGGGAACGGAGAUGUUACAAAACAAGCUACCUUGGUCAAUACUGUCGACUCACAAACAAUUGCGUUGGUGACUACAUGGACUGCCGCGAUGGUAUUUGUGUUUGUGCAGUGGGGAGACAUCCAAAUGCUGGAAAGAAUUUAUGUUUGCCGGAUGUGUAUCUGGGUGGAAAGUGUUACCGAGAUGAAGAGUGCAUAACGGAUAACUCCAGAUGUAGUGACAUCUGUCGCUGUCGAAUUAGUCAUAUCUUAAAUCGAAAACAAAAUCAGUGUCUUCCAAACUUCUGUAUCUUAUUCCAUUUCAGUUGCCAGUAAACUUUACGAUAUGUGCGAGGAAGACCUUCAGUGCCUAUACAAUAUUCCAUUUAGCCGUUGUCAAAUCACAUCAAGAAACGGAGUGAAUGUAGGAAAUUGCACUUGUGCCAACGGUUUUCACGAGAUCAGUU